UGUUUUUGUUUAGAUUUCAAGCGGCUGAAACUGUGCGGCGUUACUACACGCCUGCUUGUGCCCUGCAUUCGCUAAUUGUCUAGAAUUAUUUAACACACUUAAAUGGCUCCGACACUGCAGCCGCAAAAUGCACAGCCAGACAAGCGGCCCAUGGCCCCGCCGGGUGCUCGAGGUGCUCCUCACGACAGAAGAACCGAGCUGGUGUGCCGAGUCAAAUACUGCAACACGCUGCCAGACAUCCCUUUCGAUCCGAAAUUCGUCAUGUACCCUUUCGACUCGAGAAGGUUUAUUCAGAACAAUCCGACGUCCCUCGAGAGGACCUACAAGUACGAAGUGUUGGCCGAGCACGAUCUCGGCGUCACCAUCGAUCUGAUCAACAGCGACGCUUAUGCCAUAGACCAAGACGCGGUUCUCGACCCGACCGACGAAAAACUGCUCGAGGAGGAACUGUCCACGCCGCACGAUGCCAACAGGAAAACAAAGCACUCCAAGAGCGUAUCCUGGCUCAGGAGGACCGAAUACAUUUCCACCGAGCAGACGAGGUUUCAGCCUCAAACCAUGGAGAAGGUCGAGGCGAAAGUCGGUUACUCGGUCAAGAAAGCGUUCAAGGACGAGACUUUGUACAUGGACAGAGACAGUCAGGUGGCUGCGAUCGAAAAAACCUUCACCGACUCCAAGAUUCCCAUCGAGAAACACUACAGCAAACCAAACGUGGUUCCAGUCGAAAUUCUUCCAAUUUAUCCAGACUUCAAAAUGUGGAAAUACGCGUGCGCUCAAGUCAUAUUCGACUCGGACCCUGCUCCGGUUGGCCGAUCGGUGCCAGCGCAAAUUGAAGAAAUGUCUCAGGCUAUGAUCAGAGGUGUAAUGGACGAGAGUGGAGAGCAGUUUGUCGCCUACUUCCUGCCACUCGAAGAAACGCUGAUUAAACGGAAACAAGAUCAAAGCAUUGGCGUCGACUGGGACGACGAGGCCAAUGACUACACCUACAAGAUGGCCAGGGAGUACAACUGGACCGUCAAGAGCAAGGCCACCAAGGGUUAUGAAGAAAAUUACUUCUUGGUUGUACGAGAAGAUGGAGUUUACUACAACGAGCUGGAAACAAGGGUUCGAUUGAACAAGAGGAGGCAGAAGCAGGGAGGCGUGACGAACACCAAGCUGCUAGUGCAUCACCGGCCUUUGAACGAGAUCGAGCACCAAACACAAAGAGUGAGAGAAAAGGCGCUAGAAACCGUAUGCGAAGAGGAGGAGGAUGAGCCGAUGGCCGAGGACGACGACCAAGAAAACAAGCAAUCAGACGCUGAAGAGGGCGGCGAGAAAAACGAUGAGAAAAUGGAAACAGACGGCGAAAAGUCUGGCGAAGAGAGCAACAAAAGCAAUUCUGACAAAGAAGGGAGUGGCAAUGAGGCCAGUGAAAACGAAGCAAGUGAGGGUGAGGGGAGUAAGAAGGCUUCUGACGCUGAAAGCGGCGACGAGGAAGCGAGCAAAAAGGGCACGCCCGCAGCUUCUCCCCAGGGCUCCAAGGCGUCCUCAAGCAGCAGCAGCAGCUCAAGUGGUUCGGAAUCUGAUUCUGACUAAUUUAGUUAUAGGCAUAUAUGUGUAUAAUAAAAAAAUUGACAUUCGAUUUCAA